CCCCCAGCGGUGGCAUGCUGAACUGCAGUCACACUCUGCCCUCCAGUGGACAUAUCUCAGUGGACACAUCUCAGUGGACACAUCCCAGUGGAUCUCUGCUGGCGCUGAUGGUCAUCGUGUGCGUUGUUGUGAUCUCAGAAAUUGGGAUUAAUUUCGGACAUAUUUUUCCAGAAAAGACUUCAAAGAGCACAUCAAAGUUUCUUCUAGUAGCACCAGAUUUGGGAAAUGCAUAAAAGUGAGUUUCUCAGAAGCAGCGGAGGAACACAGCGGCAGUGCGGAGGCUGAACGCGGGACUCCAGACAGGCUGGAGCUGUGAAGUGGAUCAGAGUGGACCACAGGAGUGGAGGUCAUCUACACUGAACAGUGUACUUUGGCUCGAGAGAAAAAAGCGAGCACCUGCUGGGAGCUUUAGUGCUGUGCUUCUGUUCUAGCAACAGAAUGGGCAACCUUUCCUCCAAAGAUGGCAACCAUGGAUCCACAGGUCCUCCCACAGAGAGCUUCCACACUCCUCCUGGUUCACCUCAAGGAGAAGACCCAUCUCCGAAAUCCAGUGCUCCAUCUUCACCCACCUCUACUAGUCCACAUUCAUCUCUACUGACCCCACUUUUCCAGACACACAGCGGGAAAAAGACCCACUCAGCAGCACUCUCAUCUUCUGCCAGCUCUCCUCCUCCGCCACCACCUGAACGGAAGCCUAACUCCCCUGUUCAAUACAAUACCUCAAAUGCAUUUCACCGCAAGUCAGGAAGUAAUGCUGGAAGCAAGGGACAAAUUACUUUAAGUAGGAAUGGCACUCCACAGACUUCUACCCCAAAAACUCCACUCCCACAGGGUGAUAGUGGGGAUCACGGACCAACCAAAAGCCCCUCAUCUCCCGUGGAAACUGACUUUCCGGAGAAGGCCUGGAAGGAGAGGGACAGUGGGGUGAGCCAGUCCCCACAGCAGGUUACAGAAAUUGGGGACAGACAAGAGGAUGACUUGUGGGUGCUUCUGGAAGAGUGUAGGACAACACUGGGUUUGGCUACUGAUCAGGAUGGAGCCAUAAGCGCAAAAGAGGCACUACGGCAUCUACUGUCAGAAGUGAAAAGCUUGAAGCAGUCUCUGCAGACUGAGCGUGGAGAGUGGUUGCAGUUCCAGGCUGACCUCCAGGUUGCGGUGUCUGUGGCAGAUCGGUUGCGUGCGGAGGCAGAGGAGGAGCUGACGGCUCUCCGGACAGCUCACAAGGACAUGGAGCGGGAACUCACCGCAGCUCAACAGCGGCAGAAAGAUGCAGAUCUGCAGCUGUUGACACUAAGAGGGGAGCUGCAGGAGAGCAGGCAAAGGCUAGCAGGAAUGACGCCUACAGCAGAUUCCAAUGAUCACAAUGUAGAUAAAAUCAAUGCUAAUAAGUGUGUUAAUAAAGAGGAGACUCCAAGGGGCAGGGACAGGGCCACACACAGGCUGGGAGGUGAACGCAGAGACACUGGAAACGGCAAUGAAAACUCCAAACGUGAGGAAGGGCCAAGGACAGAUGUGACCAAGAGGUACCUGAAAAAUGUGACCAAUGAGGACCGAAUUGUAGAGGAUGUCCUCAGUGAGACCAGGAGGCCCUUAACCACAGAAAGGUCAAGGAGCUUGUCCAGAUUACCCGCAUCAGCAGAGUUCUCUACUACUCAGAAUAGAAAUUCUCAAUCAAAUACUAUCGCAUCAUCUGGGUCUACAAACAAGAACCUGGUGCAGCUAAGAGGCAGGAGAACUUUGGACUGGCAAGACAACAAAAGCUUAGAUAAAGGAAAGCGUGAGGAAUCUUUAAAUAAGUACAACUCUGCCCUUGCUGAUCUGCCUCCUACUAAGUCACAGGAUGGCUUCAAUCUGCUUCUACGUCGCCAUGGAGGCUCCAAAAGGAACUCACUGCUUCGCUGGUGCCAAAAUCGAACUCAAGGCUAUAAGAAUAUUGACAUUACCAACUUCAGCAGCAGCUGGGCCGAUGGUCUGGCCUUCUGUGCCAUCUACCACACAUACCUCCCCUCACACAUUCCCUACAACAGCCUCAAUCCAGAGAAUAAGAGGGAAAACCUCAGCCUGGCAUUCAAAACAGGAGAGAGUGUGGGGAUAGAGCCCACUUUGACUUUGGAAGAGAUGCUCCGAGUGGGUGGUCCGGACUGGCAGAGGGUCCUGAGCUAUGUGGAGAGUGUGUACCGACACUUUGAAAUGUGAUGGAGGUACUCUCCUAAGGACUUGUAAUGUGGAAUGAUCAAAGGAAACACAUUUAGGACUGUGUGGCCUGUUUAGGAUUACUUGGAUAAAAGGAGACAUUUUGCCUUUCUCAAUACACAGUGAAUGUUACCCCAGUGUUGUCUGUACACAAAUUGGAUAUUUUCUUGAAAUUAAUGUAAAAAAUAUUAUUUUUUUGCUCAAAAAUCUAAUCACAUUCAAGUUAUCAUUUCCACAUUUUCUUGUGUGCCAUGCACAUUUGAAAGAUCAUAUUAACAUAAAAUGACAUUUUGCAUUUUGUUGCAAAGCAUAAUGUGUAGCUUUCAUAAAGUUUCAAAAUACUAAAUGUGCUAAAGUGCCUUUACCAGCAGCCAUUUGAUUUUGUGUUGGUUGCAGUAAUCGUCUUCACACUGACACCUCACUGACAGAAAGUACUGUAUCCCACCAUGCCUUUCAUCAAUUCAGUUUCAGUUUUUCCUUUCAUGUACUAGAUAUGUUUCAAACUUUAACCCCUGUUUUUCACUCCCAUCCUGUAAAUAUGCACUUAUGUCAGCACUUUGUUGUAGAAUGUAUUAAUAAUAAUGUUGCAAUCUGCUGUAGUGGGCAUUUAGAAGCAGUGCAAAGACUCUAAAAGAAAACAAUUUUACAUAGUAACAGUCACACAGACAUAAAUGAAACUAGUGAAGUGCCUGAAUUAUGUUUUUGUGAAUACUAUAUACCACUGGUUUGACAUUGCACACAUUGAAAGCUUUGGAGCCAAUGCAAAUGCCUGACUUUGAGGGCUUGUACGUUUCAUUUGAACAUCUCUUGUUACAUGAGCAUCAUCACAGAUGCAAAUCAAUUCCAGUAUGUCAGUACUAACACAUGCCAAAAUAAGUGUGAAUUUUUUACUGUAUAUUUUAUGUAACUAUUGAAAAAAAUACCAAAGUAAUAAAAUAAUAAAGUUAAAACCAUGU